GUGAUAUCGAGGAAUUUUCCGACGCACCUCAAGCUAAGAUAUCCACCAACGCAUCCACAGAUAUCCCUGUAUUCAAUGUACCCGAAAUCGCAAUCCCGAAACCAGAAAAAAAGAUAACAGAACCAUUAAUCACUGAUUAUAUCGAAAAAGAUCAACCAGAAUAUUCAGUUGCUUCGUCAUCCGGGUCUACCGAUAUAUCUCUGUCUCCCGAGAUCAUGAAUGUAGAUCCAAUAGACGAUAAACCUAAAUCUCCAGAAAUUAUCGAAUUAGUGAAUUAUGAGCCCGAGAUUUCUCCCGACUUAUCAGCGAACGACGAACUAAAAUCCAGCAAUGAAGAAGUCAACACCCAAUCGAAAACAUACCCACCUGGAUAUAUUCCCCGGGAAGAGCGGGAGGUGCGUUUAAGAGAAACUGCGGUUAAACAUGGUGAUGAUCCAGAUAAGUUCGUAACCAUAACUGAAGAGGAUAGAGACUUAGCGAGGAUAUUCCGAGAUAAAAUGAUGGCAGACGCAGAGAUAAUCGAUUUUGCACGAAAAGAUGGGGACGAUCCAGAGGAGUAUAUGGAAUUAACCAGGCGAGAAAAAUUGAUAUGUAUGGAGAUUAAGCUUCGGAUGUAUGAAGAUGAUGGUGAACUCCGACCAUAUACAUGUAUUUAUAAUGGCGAAGAAUGGAAAAAAAACAUAGCGAUACUCCAGGAAAAUGGAUAUCUAUGGUAA